AUGGCUGACCAGAUGUCGGAUAAAUACAGAAACCUAUUGGCUGGCAGGCUGUCACGUGACGACAUCCCGACUGCCAGGGCGAAGAUGAUCCGGAUGUACUUUUGCUCGGCGGGGACAGAUUGUAUGACCGAGCGGGAUUGUUUCCUAAAGACUGUCUACCCCGGGCUCAGAGAUUACUGCAAGAAGAAAUAUGGGCUGGAGUUUCAGGUUGUGGAUCUGAACUGGGGUCUUCCCCCUGACUCCAUGGACGACCAGUUAGACCUGACCCCAGUCCGCAGCCGGGAGAUCCACAAAUGUCUAACAUUGUCUGCAGGACCUGAUUUUAUCGUGUUCCUUGGUCAGAAAUAUGGCGGCCGAUUUCUGCCAGCGGUGAUCAUUGCCCGACAGUUCGACGCUAUCCUAGGGGCGCUGACCGCCCACAAGGGGCGGGCUAGCAGGAAUGCGCCAGUGUUGGGGCGGUGCUAUCGUCUGGAUGAGAACAAUCUGCCGCCCGUCUACGUGCUGCAGCACAAGAACAUACUGGUGCCAGAGUUUUGUGACAAUAAGGAAGAGGUUCGGAUCUCGGCCCAGAAGACAUGGGUGGCAUUACAAGCUGAACUGAGACGUCUGCUGCAGCGAGGGGCAGAGCUGGCCUUUUUAGAUGGCACUAUGGACCAGGAGUCGCGAGAUCGAUUCUUUCUUUCUGACCUAGAACAUGAAAUCAUGCAGGGGGUGGAGUUGGAUCAAGACCCCGGCAGACAUUGGGUGCUGAUCACAAGAGACAUCCAGGACCUGAAGAACUACACCCAGGACACCAGGACGUUCAGGUUUACCGAGCUCCGCUUCGACGCCAAGAACGACAGGUAUCAACUGGACUCCGACUGCGCUAACUUGCUGGUCAAACUGAAGAAUCGACUCCAGGGGUUGGUGCCCGAAGCCAGUACGAUCCACCAUGAGGUUCUGUGGAGGUAUGAGAAUGUCAUCGAUGCCUUCCACCAUCAGGAGUAUCUAGAAGCCUUGUGUGGUCAGCUCUACUCCACCUGUUGGAGACUCAUCGAUGAUGGAUUGGAAGUACCGGACAAUGAGGUUCCCAGAGCCUGGCAGGAGGUGUCCCAACACUGGAGUCAUUGCCGUUAUCUAGCCUCCAACUUCUGCAACCAGGAGACGCUCCUGACCAAACUGAAGGAGUACGUCACUGGGGCGUUAGCCACGCCUCUCGUCGUGUAUGGGGCCUCGGGGACGGGGAAGUCGAAGGUCGUCUCCAAGCUGGCUGCUGAGAUGGAAGACUCGCUGGCCGGAGACUACGUCCUGCUGUUGAGAUACAUCUCCCCCACCUUCAGCAGCACAGAUAUCCGGCACCUCCUGAUGGGUCUGUGUGCCCAGCUGGCCACGGUCAUGGGGAUCCAUCCAAGCAGCCGACCCUCAGAGAUGAGAGACCUGGUCAACUACUUCACACAUCUGCUGACCCUAACACCUGCCGACUGCCGCCUGGUGAUCAUACUGGACGGCCUUGAGCAGCUGCUCCCUGACCAUGGAGCCUUGACCCUGACCUGGAUACCACUUGAACUGCCUGCAAACGUCAAACUAAUCCUGACAGUUCAGCAGCCGGCGCACGGCCUACUUGACCGUCUGAGGCUGGAACUGUUACCAGACAGACCCGAGAGCUUCCUGGAGAUCAGUGCAAUCGGGGUGGAUGGAUGCGACCAAAUAUUCAACGAUAUGUUGCUGGCAAUGAACCGUUCUCUCACUCCCGAGCAGAAAAAAGUCUUCAGGGACUCAAUUGAGAGACAGCCACAUCCGCUGUAUGUGGAACUCCUGGUCAACAUUGGCAAAGAGAUUCCCUCGUACAUGGACGCCGAGAGCAUCCAACUGCCCGGAUCUUGCGAGGACGGUAUUGAGCGGUUUCUGGACAGACUUGAAGGGAAACAUGGGAGGCUGCUAGGGUCGCGAGCAUGUGCCUACUUGGUUGCGUCAUCAACUGGACUUAGUGAUUGUGAGAUGCAGGACAUCUUGUCUUUGGAUGAGGAUGUUCUCAACGAGGUCUUUAGGGACUUCCACCCGCUAAUCAGAAGACUUCCCUGCGUUAAGUGGCUGUCGCUUAAACAGGACAUGGACCCGUUUCUGGUCCACAGGGAUUCAGAUGACGUCACAGUUGCUGCCUGGAAGCACGAGAGUUUCGACAGUGUUGUCACCAGGAGAUAUCUGUCUGACACUGACGUAUCAAGGCUGGUUCACUGCAACAUCGCCGAUUACUUUCUUGGAACCUGGAGCGAUCAUCCAAAGCCAGCAAUAUUACUGCAUUCCGACCAACAGUUGCCCCCUUGUGUAGAGACCAACAGAAAAGUGCCUCGGCAACCCCACACUUAUGUGGAUGAUCAGAGUGGCGCAGUCAAGUUUAAUAGACGGAUGUACGAGCAGGUGCCCCGUCAUCUUGGCCUGGCAGGCAGGUACCAAGAACUGGACCUUCUAGUAUGUUUCAACUAUGAGUGGCUGUACAACAAGAUCCAGGCGCUCUCUCUGCAGAGUGUUCUGGCAGAUCUGGCUCUGAGUCCCAGCGAGGAGGCCCGCCUCGUGGCUCAAGUGUUGCAGAUUUCCGAGUCUGACAUCGAGACAGACACUAACAAUCUUCCAACGCUCAUGACCGGGCACUUGUUGCCAUACUUGGCUUCCCACCCGAACAUCCGGCAACUGAUUCAGCAGUGUGAUACAAACGGUACCCAGCAUUGUGCUCUAGUUCCCAAUUUCCCAUUCCCUGACGUAGCCGGUACUUGCCUACAGUUCGUCUUGAAGUGUCCUACUGUCAUGCACCAGUUCCGCCUGCUAGACGACGACAGACAGCUGGUGUGCAAACAACGAGAUGACCUCUACGUCCACAGGUUUGAUCUGGACACAGGAGACCACAAGGCGGCAGUGUUGACAUCGGCCGGAGAACUGUACAGCACACCUAAUGGGAAAUACUUCAUCAUUAUCCACCAAGCGGAGUCUGGAGAGUUUAUCCAGCAGAUUAUCCUCAUGAACCACAUAGAAAGCAAGUCCGCGCUCUACAAGAAAGGGCCGCUGUGUCUCAGCGACGACCGUCUGUGUGCUGUGGUUACCAUGACCCAAAGUGUGCUCUGUGUUUGCGAGAUCCCUUCAGGAAACGUCUUGAGUAUAAUCCCCCUGGACGGUAAAUCGCACGUCUGCAGCAUGACCCCAGACUCAAACUACGUCUUCUGCAACUCCAACAACUUCCUGCUGGCCUUCGAUGUCUACCGACACACACACCUGCUAACGGUAGCCCUGGCAAGCCAGCCGACCCACUUAGUCUUCAGCCAAGAUGGCCUCAGAGCGUUCAUCGGAAGCCAUGGCGACGCCAAGAUUACCGUCAUGCACCUGGACGGCGAGACAGUCGACAUGACUUAUCGGCUGGCAUUCGACGACAAGAUGCCGGGAGAUGUCAUCUGCAAUUUAACAGUCUCACCUGACGACUCUUGCCUGCUGUUUCGUGGCCACAAACAUCUGCUUGUCUAUCACCGAGGCUUUGAGAAGCUGAUUGCCAUCUUCAAGAAGCCAGAGGACAUCCCUGAAGACUACAGGCUGCCACACAGCCACCCAGUGGAGCUCCGCUUUACACAGGCUUCAUUUUCGGCAGACAGCAAAUUUGUGCUUGCGUCAAUCUUCAGGAACGUCUACGUGUGGCAGAUCUCGGACGGCUGCCUGAGUUCAGUCAUCAAGGGACCUGUCGGCCUGAUGACCUCUAUGCUGGUGUCAAGGUCGAGGGGUCAAGUGGUUACACACACACAGAGCAGUCAAGAGAUCCAGGUGUGGAGGCCAGGGCAGACCAGACAACAAGUGCUCACCCCGGACCGGCUGACGGACGCCAUCAGCGAGUUCCUGGUGACGGCGGACACGAGCCUGGUGUUUGUCAAAUGUCUGGACAGCGACGCCGUGGCGGUCAUCGCCAUGGACACGGGAUGUCUGCUAGACCUGCUGACUCACGACACGCACGUGCAGGAUCUAGCUAUCAGCCCAGACGGAGGCUGGGCACUAGUGGCCACAUCUCCCAGGGUCAAGGGCACGGCUUUCAGGUUGUGGAACAUGACCGAGAGACACGUUGUCAUGGAGAUGGGCGAUGUUUUUGGUUACUGUGUGGGCAUGAACUCCUCUCCUUAUAUGAUUGUAGUUGCCCAGAAAGACUCGACGUUCAGAUCUCCAUACCAUGUUUGUGUCAUUGACGUGUCCAAGUCUCAGUACCAGCUGUGUGAGUACCCCUGUGCUGAGGUAACAGUUGUCAGAUCCAAACCAUUUGUGACACACAGCGACCAGUAUCUGAUCAUCCACUCAAGCGUAGACCGUGAGAGCGGCGAGGCUACGGUCUCUCGUCCGUGCUUGUACAUCGGCCAUGUUGACAGCCAGAUGUCAGUGUCGGCGUGGGACGCCACCAACAUGGAGUUUGAAGAUCACCUGCAGGAUAUCAUGGAAGUCAGACCAUGCCGGCAUCAACACGGCAACAUGGUGGCGGCCAUAUUUUCUUGUGUUGAUCACUACAGACCUGGUUCUACAGACAGCAGAAGUGGCGGAGAAGCAGGUCAGACCUAUGGCUUCUUUCUCCUGGACGUCUCCAUCGGAUCUCUGACCUUACUGUGCAUUCCAUUUCCCAAGCCUAGCUAUGGCUUCAAAGCACACCCAUUAAUCUUCAGUUCUGACUUCAGCAUGUGCCUCGAUGAAAUGUCCAAUAUCUUCCACACGCCUUCGGGGGAGUUCAUAGGUCAGGUGCCGUGUCACGUGGUUCCGCCAAGAGCGUUUGCCUUGCGAGGAUCUGUGGUGGUCUAUUACCUGGGUUCCACACUUCGACUUGUUCACGUGACCACCGGCCAGGUCAUGGCUAACUGUGAGGUCAAGGCCACUAUCUGCCACGCCCACGUGUGCCCAGACGAGCGGACCCUGCUGGUGGGAUGUGAGGAUGGCACCGUGCUGGCCUUCACCGUCCUUGACCCCGACAAUGAGGAUGUUGCACUGGUUGUGAAGAAUAUUCCCUCCAGAAAGGUCGCCAGUCCACGGAUGGCGAAGCUAAGUUCAGAGAGAUCCUGGGACAAAACGGUACCAUCUUCAGCCCGUUAUCAGCCUUUACCAGACCACAGACAAUCCUGGCCGGACCACAGGCAGAUCUCACCGGAAGACACUCAAGCUUCAGAGGGCCAGAGGCAGUCCUUGCUGGACCACACACAAACCUCGCCGGACCACAGGCAGACCUCGCCGGACCACAGGCAAACCUCGCCGGAUCACAGACAAUCCCCGCCGGACCACAGGCAGAACUCACCGGACCACAGACAGUCCCUGCCGGACCACAGGCAGACCUCACCGGACUACAGGCAGACCUCACCGGACCAGAGGCAGUCCUUGCCAGAAGACACUCAAGCUUCAGAAGACCACAGGCAUCACUCACCGGACCACAGGCAGCCCUCACCGGACCACAGGCAGCCCUCACCGGAAGACAUUCCGGCUUUAGAGGCCCCCAGGCAGCCCUCGUCUUCCCCUGACCGCAUGUAG